AAAAGUCUUAGACUUAGCUUUUGAUUGUCUGGAUUCUGGAACAAAGUGCCGAGCUAUCAAUGGCAAGGCCAACGGUUGAUGCACACGUCCAUUUUUGGGAUCUUGACAAGUUCCAAUACGUGUGGCCUAGGGAGGAACAAGAGACUGCUAUAUUUGACAACUUUUAUCCUUGUGGCUAUGAAGAGGCCCUAGUAGAGAGUGGCUGCCCUGUCAAGAAUGGCAUCUUUGUACAAGUUGUAAACAACACAGUUGCAGAAACUGAUUGGGUCUUAGACAUGGCUACUCGUCACAAAUGCAUUGUGGGAGUAGUUGGCUGGAUUGACAUGUGUGGCUCAGAUGAUGAGGUUGACAAGGAGUUACAGAGGUUAUCCCAAAAUCCCCUUUUUCUUGGACUUCGUCACAUCCUGGACUUGGAAGAACCAGGCUGGAUCGAGAAGAAGGAAGUCAGAAGAACUCUGGGUAGACUGGAGAAGCUAAAUUUGACCUAUGACAUCCUCUUACGGCCUCACAGCCUCCACUAUGCCGCUGAUGUUGCCCAAGAUUUUCCUGAUCUGAGAUUGAUCAUCGAUCACCUUGCCAAACCAAAGAUCAAAGAAGGAGAGUUUGAUGACUGGGCCAAGGAAAUGAGCAGGGCAGCCAGCUUCCAAAAUGUCUACGUCAAAUUAGAAAUGUCUGGAAUGGUAACGGAAGCUGAUCCACAAUGCUGGAAACCAUGUGACCUAAAGCCCUAUGUUCAGCACUGUGUAAAGUCUUUUGGUGCCCACCGCUGUAUCUUCGGCAGCGAUUACCCCGUUUUCAAAAUGGUAGGUGCCACUUACAAGCAGGUUUACGAUGCGCUAAUGGAAUGCUUGCUGGACUGUACCACUGAGGAGGAGAGGGGUGCAAUCUUUGGUGAAAAUGCUGUUCGUUUUUAUCAAGUUAAGGUUCCGCUUGUGGAGUAGACUUAGAAGGGAACCUGGCAGAAUUGGGCAUCACUGCCAAGAAAAUUAUUAAACUUACAAAUAGUUUUUGAAGUGUAGAGAUAAGCUGUGAAUCAUUAUUAAUUAUUGUAACUAGAGAAUAUCUUAAUAUGCUCUUCUGAUGAUUGAAAGGUACUUUUUUAAAUUUUUAAUAGGCAAAUCUUUCUGUACUACGGUACAUUCUUGCCUGUACUAUAUUAUAGGGGACAAAGAAUACAUACAAUAGAAUAGAUAAAGUGACUUCAUUAACUAUUUGUUAACCAUUUGCUAAUUAUUUUUGAUGUGCUCUAUUAUUUCCAGUUUAUGCUAAAAAGUUUUAGGCUGCUUUAUUAUUUUUUUCUUUACUCUCAUUUCUUUUUUUUUCUCAAUAGUAAUUGUAUUGAUUUUCUGUGAUAUGUUACACAAAAUUAUGAAAACCCAAUAAAAACUUUAAAAGGAAAUAGAAUUGGACAUCACUCAAAUCUUGUCAUUUUUUUAGGCAUGAUGCAAUAAAUAAACAUUGCAAUAUAAAGUGAUCAAUAUUACGUGACAAUUUACCUGUAUGUACUUUUUAUUUUUUUCAUUCGAAAUUGAAGGUUUUCUGCAGUAUUACAGUAAAACAUAAGAUAUCAUAUUGUGUCUAUUAAAUAUUUUUAUGCCCCUACAGAGGAAGUCUGGACAGGGCAUUAUGCGUUGCCCCUGUCCGUCGUCCCACUUGGUUUCUACUCAAUAACUCAAAAAAUAUUUAAUUGAUUUAUAAAAAAAAAUUGGUGUGAAGCUCCAGAUGAUGUUGGGGGGGGGCACUCACAUAUAUUGGUGGUACGGGGACAUGCCGCUUUAAUGACUCCCUUUUUCAGACCUAAUUUUCAGUUCUAUAGAUGCUCCAAAUGACAAAAAUUCAGUUCAGACGCUGCCCAGCCCCACUCGCAAGACCCCCGUUACGAGACAUCUCAGUUCCCCAGCCCUACCAAAAUUGUCUAGCACGAGGACUGGUUGCGAGAGAUGCACGUAUGUCUUCGCAACUCUACACAUUAACUUUUAGGCACUCUAUGCAUGGCGAGUUCAUGCACAGCGCUAUGGUGCAAUGUAUUUGCAGUCCUGCGAUCCGUUUCCGUAGACUGUUUUUCGCACAGAUCUGUAUAUAUCUAGUUCUGAAGACCCCGUAUUUUACUCUUUUAGUCAGCUCCUUAGACCCCCAUUUCAGAGUUUCGUGA